AUGGCCUACUACUGGUACAACUUCAUGCCAUUGGCACGCGGCACAGCAAUGAACGGCUAUGUCAUGACGCUCGCCCUCCUGCUGGCCGUUGACCUUCGAGUCUCGCAGCCCAUUGCUAGAGGCGUGCAGGUCAGUGCCCUCUCUUAUCAAGGGUGUGCAGGUCAGUACCAUCUCUUAUCAAGGGUGUGCAGGUCACCACCCUCUCUUAUCAAGGGUGUGCAGGUCAGUACCAUCUCUUAUCAAGGGUGUGCAGGUCAGUACCCCUCUCUUAUCAAGGGUGUACAGGUGGACUGGGAGUCCAUCCUCUGCCCCUCAUCCGACAUCUUCAUCGCCAGCGUCUCCUCCUGGCUCUACCCAUCGCUCGUGGCGGCUACCUGUGCCUCUCACCUCCUUACCACCCAUCCUCUCAUGCCCCUUGGUGCCGUGUGCAGGUGGACUGGGAGUCCAUCCUCUGCCCCUCAGCCGAUAUUUUCAUUAGCAGCGUCUCCUCCUGGCUCUACCAUCGUGCCGGCUGCCUGUGCCUCUCACUCAUGUCCUUACCACCCAUCCUCUCAUGCCCCUUGGUGCCGUGUGCAGGUGGACUGGGAGUCCAUCCUCUGCCCCUCUUCCGACAUCUUCAUCAGCAGCGUCUCAUCAUGGCUCUACCCAUCGCUGGUGCCGGCUCCAGAUGCUGCCAGCAUUCCCAGCGUGCGAGAGCACUUCCCUACCAUCGGCGACGUUAUCGAGGCGCUCAGUGAUGCAUUCACCGAGUGA